UAUGUCUUCUGUCUUGAUUGUUAUAUUCCGGGAGUUCCAUUACUUGACUUAUUUUUGUUUUGUUGUUAUAAGUAAUUUAAAUGGAAAUUAAAUAUUUAUUUUGAUAUUUUUUAAAAUGUUUCGAAUAGAUUUAAUAGAUAAGGAUAAAAGUACAGUAAAGAUUUUUCCAGAGACGCUUGAUCAAAUUUGUCGUUUGUGUCUUAAAGAAAAUGGUACAACCAAUAUUUUCCUUGGAACAUUGGCAAAAAACGGAAAAAAAUACAUAGAUUUAAUUUCUGUGUUAUCUGUUGCUAAAGUACAGGAAGAUGAUGGUUUACCAUCCAAAAUAUGCAAUACUUGUGCUAAUAAACUGUACGAUUUUUAUAUGUAUAAGCAACAGAUAGAAACCACACAAUUACUUUUAUGCAUUGCUCUGGGUAAGGUAAUGGUACAACCUGCUGAACAGUCUAAAAGUUCUGAGAACAGCCUUCAAAUAAAAAAUAAGAAUUUAAAUAUACAAAAUGAAAUAAUUACAAUUGAUGAUGAUGAUGAUGAUGAUAAUGAGAUAAAUUUUGGAAAUAAGAAUGCCUCUUCAAGUGUUGAUAAGGAAAAUGUGCAGGAAACAAACCUGAACAAAACUCCAAAUAAAAUCGAUAGACAAACUAAUACUAUACCACCUUUUAGUAAAAGUAGUACAGGAGAUUCCAAGUUUUUCAAUAUUUUAUCAAAUAAGGAAACCCAAAACAUUGAAGAUGUUAUGGAAUGUCGGAAAGAAAAUUAUAGUUGCAUCUUGUGUAACAGUAAUGUAAAUACACAUCCGGGGCUUAACUUUUACAGUUUUCCACUAAAUAUUAAAAGAUGCAAUGACUGGAAAAGAGCUUUGAAAUUGGGUAAAAUAGAACAUAUAUCACCUAAAACUCUACACAAAAAUGUUCAUCUGUGUAGCAGACAUUUUACACGUUCAAUGUUCUAUGGGAAAAGUAAAAAUAAACUUAAAAGAACUGCAGUACCAACAGAAAAUACUGAAGACCCAAGAAGUAAAUUAAAAGUUACUGUGCAAACCGAAAAUGAAAGUCAUAUUUCUGAUAUCAAUGAAGAUACAAAUACAAAUGAUUUAUUGUGUAAUGAAUCUUUAGAAAUUUCUGAUGAUGAUGUUGAUGAUGAUGAUGAUGAUGUUGUCCCUAUUGCAAUUGCAGAUCAUAGUUAUUCAAAGAAAAUAACCAAGAACAACAACAAAGUGAAAAAAGUAAUAAAAGUAAAAGAAGUAAAAAAAGAAGUAAAAAAAGAAGUAAGAAAAGAAGAGGUAGAAGAAGUAAAAAAAGAAGAGGUAAAAAAAGUAAAGGAAAAGAAAUCUGAAAGUACUAGAUUUCAAUGUAUUUCAUUUGAUGAAAAAGGAAAUAAAAUAUACACUUGCUGUUUCUGUUUAGAAACAUUUGAAGAUAGACUGAUGUAUAAAAAACAUAAAUUUAAAGAAUAUAGGAAAAGAAGAGUAAAUCCGAAAACUAGGAUAACUUGUAGUAUGUGUGGAAAACUAGUCAGCAGAGACCGACUGAAAGCCCACAUGAUAAUCCACGGCAAAGAAAGACCCCACGUUUGCGAUAUUUGCGGAAAACGUUAUCGCAGUAGAUCAAAUUUGAAUGAUCACACACUGACACAUAAAGGUAUUAAAAACAAGGUUUGCGAAUUAUGUGGAAAGAGCUUCUACUAUGCAUGUCAGCUUCAAGUGCACCUUCAGAGACAUAGUUCAGAACCUAGUUUUAUGUGUCAUAUUUGUGGAUUUUUUUGUUCCGCCAAGGACAGUCUUAAGCGACAUGAAAAUAAUCAUCUUUCGGGAAAAGAAAUACCAGAGUUAGUACAAAAUCGAAGAUAUUUUGUGAAGAAUGAUCCCUUCGAGUUUUUAAGUGAUGAAUUAUUUAUAAAAAAUUUCCGAGUGAAUAAAGAAUUGGCUAGAUUCUUAAUCACUUUGUUGGAUCCAUUAUUAUUACCACCAAGUAGAAGAUCUGCAAUUAGUAAACAAUUAAAGGUUUUGGUUGCCUUAAAUUUUUUCGCUACUGGUUCCUAUCAAAGUAAUGUGGGUAGCAACGUACUGUGUGGGGGUGUAAGUCAAUCAACGGUAAGCAGAUGUGUAGAGGAAGUUUGUAAUGCAUUAAAUAAUGCCAUAAUAUUUAAUAAAUGGGUUAAAUUCCCACAGACCAUAGCAGAACUGGAACAAAUUCGAACAGACUUUUUUCAACAAUACAACAUUCCUGGGAUAAUAGGAGUAAUUGACUGUACCCAUAUUGCCAUCAUUCCACCACCCCGGCAUAAUGACGCGCAUAUAUAUGUCAAUCGUAAAGACUACCACUCUCUCAAUGUUCAGUUAGUGUGUGACAUCAAUCUUAAAAUCAUAAACAUAAAUGCCAAAUUCCCAGGCAGUACUGGUGAUGUCCAUAUUUGGAAUAAGUCCGCAUUAAGCACAGCAAUUAAAAAUCUACACCAAAGAAGACCAGAAUUUUAUUUAAUAGGGGACUCCGAAUAUCCACACCGCCCUUGGUUACAUGUACCUAUUCCUGAUGCUCAAGAAGGCACACCAGAAUUCCGAUACAAUCAAGCCUUCAGAAAUGCAAGAUGUUUGAUAGAACGCUGCAACGGUUUGUUGAAAAUGAGGUGGAGAUGUCUAUUAAAACCUCGAGUUUUGCAUCAUACCCCAGAGAAAGCAGGCAAAAUUACAAAUGCUUGUGCUGUUUUGCAUAACAUGUGCAUUGAGUACAAUGUGGAUGUACCACCUCGGGAAGAAGGUGAUGAAGAAGAAAUAGACUUUGGGAUAUAUCAUGAUUGUAUGGACCUUCAGUUAAUUCCUGGUAAAAACCCUGAUUUACAAAGGGCCAGGCGUAAUCAACAGAGGAUUGUUAAUAAUUAUUUUGGAAAUAUUUAAACUAUUUUUUUUUAAUUAAAUAUUUUUGUC